AGGUGGGCACCCUCCUCCCUCAGGCCUCUAAGGGCUCUGAUGUCACUGCACUCAGAGGACAUGUGCCCAGUGUCCUGAGAAGCAGCCUGAGGGCAGCCACCCCUCACCAGUCAGAUCCCACUUCGCACAGAGCUCACACCGCCCCACUGUGGAUGUGGGUGUUGGGGCAAGACUCUCCUGGGACUCCAGUCAGGGCAGUACUGCAGCUGGUGGAAGCUUCUGCCAUCAGAUGCCUCCACUGCUUCAUAAUCCUGGCCGGCGGCUCAGGCUGUCCAGAGGGAAAGGGAAGCACGUUCCCUCCUGCAGAAACAAAACUCCCUGUCCUGCUGGGACGGGCGCUCCAGUGGCAACAAGAAUGGAAGCUGUUGCGUGUUUAAACAGCUUGGGUUAAAGUGUAAGGCCAAAAAUACCCCAGAUAAUUCUGUCAUGACAAAGGGCACUGGGAGGCCCGUGGGAAGUGGGGGCCAGCAGGUGCUGGGAAACAGCCAGGGCCCUUGGGGAGCUUUCUUGGCUGGGGAGUUCUUGUUUGAAACAAGGAGGAACUAGGCCCAGGAGCCUAGAGACAAAGGCAGGUCUGGAAUAAAGGAGUGUCCAGAGCCCCUGCCACAGGCCAUGUCCCAGGAAGGAGGCGACGAGCAACCGGGAGAGAUGGAGACCAUUCCUUGAGGUUCUUUCUCCAAGGCCUUGACUUUCCCGCCCCAGAGCAGCAAGCACUUGACCAAAGGUUGAUCAAUAGCUUCAGCACUCCCUGCACAACUCUGGACAGCCGACUUAGCUCUACCUCAAUUCCCUCACCUGAGAAGCACAGGUGGUGCCAGUCCGAGUGGCAUAGGUUCAUGUUGAAGAUAAAGUUGGAUGAGCAACGUAAAGCGCCGAGAACAGAGCCUGGCGAGGGUCAGCUCUUGAGGCGUCCGCUCCUGUCAUCACUGUCAUCGUUGUGGGCAGCAAGGCUCCCUGACUGGGUGGACCUCUGCAGCUCCUUCCCUGGGUCCGUUGGGAGGGCUGUGUCCAUAUACCACACUGGGACGGGGACCUGAAAGAGACUUGGGUAUGGCCAGGACUGCCCACUUCCUCUCACUCAGCAGAUACUGACUGAGAACCCACAUGUACCAGGCACUCUCAGCACUAGAGACUCAACAGCAAGACAAGUUGGGCGCUUAUGUUCUAGGAGGAAGCCCUGCAAGAGGUCCACAAGUGGACCGGUGUUAUAAUGACAUGUCAUGGCGUGUUGGGUCAAGAAAAAUAAGGAGGUAAAGAGUGACAGGGUCAAGGGAGGCCUUCCUGGGGAAGUGUUCUCUGGGCAGAGUCCUGAAGGAAUGAGUAACCCGCACAAGUAGAGCCAAGGGAAGAGGGCCUGAAACACAGACAGCAAGCACGGAGGCCCAAAGGCCGUGCACACUGACCAGAGAUGCAGGAGAGGCAGCAGGAGAGUGGAGAAGCCAUCUUCAGUCCCCUCGGCCACUCCAGCUGCUGAAUAAUGUCCUGUUACGGCUGUGAAGAAAUUUCACCUACCUGAGCUCUUCUGACCUUGAGAUUGGCGGGGCACAUGACACACCCAUUUUAUAAACGGGCAUGUCCAUUUGAUAAAGGAGGAAGAGUUCAGCUCCUCUUCUCCAAGUCCAGGGCCCUGUCUCCCCAGCGAAGGCUGUCCAUGUCCCACUCUUUCCUUUGCCCACCCCCACCGCCAAACUAGAAGGUGACUGAAACAGCCCCUGCUCUGGAACCCUGGCCCAUCCACUCUUGGCUUGGCUGGCUGUGAGCCUAGUGCAAAUGGCAGCAUCACUGUCUCCUGACACCAUUCAAAGGGCCACAGGGCAGUGGGCACCUAAGGGUGGGAUUUGAGGACCAGCCUGCUCCUACUUGGCACGGCAGUUACGAGGAAAACGCUUGAAAUGUCCCUAAUAGAGGCAGUGAUUUGAAUUUGUUCCCAUUUUAUGCCAGCUCCUGAGCCUCAGCCAGUUACUGAUGUGUAAACCCACCUUUCCUACAAAGCACUGUCACAAAAGGAAAGCAUUCCUUCCCUGGCAGCCGCCGUCACCACCGCCGCCGUCACCACCACCACCACCAUGCCCUGGCGAGCCCUGACUACCGGUGCAGGGACUGGGGCCGUCUUGGUCUGUGCCGUGAAUUCUCAUGCCAGUGCUAAUUCCUGGGCCGUGGGCUGGUCUGAACAUGCACCUUGCUCCUGGCCUCUAGCAUUGCCAAACUAUGUGUGUCACAAGCCAAGGACCGGAUUUGGAAGUUUGUCUGCAGUUGUUUGUUUUGUAGUUAUUUCAGGUCUGAGUUACUUGGGUCACAUUUUUCUUGAUCGGUCCCCACUGCCUUUCCAGUUCAGGAGCCGCUGUGACCCGUUGCUUCCUCUCCUUCCUGCUUCUGCAGACAGCUGCACUGUCAGAACAUAAAUGAAGCCAGGGUGUGCUGUGUUCACAGUGGCUUGCUCCGGAACCAAGGAGGGCAUCAGGGGUCUGUGACGCACUGUCUGUGGCUGUGGAAAGCUUAGUUUUCCAGCAGAGAAACCAGAGUUUGAUGGGUGACUGCAGAAGCCUAGCAUUGCUAUCCUCAGGAAUGGAUGUGGGCAGAGACAGUGCCUCUGAAGAGCCACGGUGCUGGUCAUGGGGCUGAGGCGAGCCUGACGGCCAUGUCAGUCUCACAUACGGGACAUCAGCGUUGUGGGCGGGCUUGCUGUGCUGCAGGCCGCCGGGCCCCACCUCCAGCCUCCAACUAACUCAUGGGCUGGGCGAGACCUGGAGAUGUGUGUCCCUGGAGUUCCCAGGUGACGCUGAGGCCCACACUGAGCACCACGGAUCUGGACAGUUGAGGGGAAUGGAAGGAUGCCUUUCCUGAGCGUGGAAUUUCCUAAGCUCCCCAGCAAGGUGGAAAAUCCCGAGUUAUUCUAAAAAAGAUGACCUUUCUUUCAGAAACUCAUAUUACUUUCAGAGUGCUCUGGUGAACCUUUGACUUUUACAUUCCAGAGGCUGCAUCAGGACUCUAGAGACCCAGGUGGGGUCCAAGACCCUCACUUUCUCUAAGGUUCAAAGACCACCAGCCUCCUGGUGUGGGCCAAGCUGACUGUGCCCCUCUCCCAGACCCUAUAGGAAACAAUGAGAGCCAUGUCCAAAUCUGCCGUGAAGAUAUCCUUGGACUUACUCUCCAACCCCCUCUGCGAGCAAGACCAGGACCUUCUGAGCAUGGUGACGGCCCUGGACACGGCCAUGAAGCGGAUGGACGCCUUCAACCAGGAAAAGGUGAACCAGAUCCAGAAGACUGUGAUCGAGCCCUUAAAAAAGUUCGGCAGCGUCUUCCCGAGCCUCAACAUGGCGGUGAAGCGGCGGGAACAGGCCUUGCAGGACUACAGGAGGCUGCAGGCCAAGGUGGAGAAGUAUGAGGAAAAGGAGAAGACGGGGCCAGUGCUGGCCAAGCUCCACCAGGUGCGAGAGGAGCUGCGGCCUGUGCGGGAGGACUUCGAGGCCAAGAACAGGCAGCUGCUGGAGGAGAUGCCGCGCUUCUACGGCAGCCGCCUUGACUACUUCCAGCCCAGCUUUGAGUCCCUCAUCCGAGCACAGGUUGUGUACUACUCGGAAAUGCACAAGAUCUUUGGAGACCUGACCCAGCAGCUUGACCAGCCAGGCCACUCCGAUGAGCAGCGGGAGCGGGAGAACGAGGCCAAACUCAGUGAGCUCCGGGCCCUCUCCAUUGUGGCCGAUGACUGAAUCCCCAUCACUCUUGGACAACUCCUGUGACACGGUCAGCCUCGCUCGUCCUUGCCCUUCUCAGGGCUAACUGCUCCUCUCACAGGCUGGGGACAGAGGUGGCCCUGGUUCACUUGCCGGCCCUUUGCAAUGAAUGACUCUUCCUGAGCCUGGCACCAGGAUCCCUAGACAGGCCGCUGUCUCCCCACUCACAGCCCCAGCAGGUAAGCAGUGUAGACAAACCCUUGGGGCUUUUUUAUUUGGAGAACCGUCCAGCAUGCAUCCUGGCCCAUGGCCUGAGCAAGCUGCAGCCCUUCUGAAGCCGUGGGCUUUGUCGGCUCAGUUGGGGGUCUUAGCCCUGCAUGCAUUGUGGGCAUCAAAUCUACCUCCAAAAGACCCAUCCUGGGGAGUCCUCUGGCCCCUCGUUGCCUUUUCACUUAAAAGCCUCUUUUUUCUGGGAGAGGCCCUGAACCCUGCCCAGGAGAGCUGUUCCUCCACCCUGGCAGGCCCUCAGCCAGCUUCCUAGCAAGACAAAAGCUACCCUCGUGACUUUGGGACCCAAGUCGUUGGGGUUCCCGAGGUCACUGAGAACUGUUACCUCGGGACCUCAAACUGUCAGUGGAACUGUCCCACCACACAGAAUGUCCCACAAGAAUUCGCAUGUCUCAAAGCAAAAACAGUGGGUUUGUGUCUCACCUGAGUAUUUGGAAUUUUAUUUUUUCAAGUAAAGUUUUCAAUGAAAUGUC